ACCGAGAGGUGCGCGCGUCGAGUGGAUUCGUUGGUGCGACGCCGCUGUGCAAUAGACAGAGAGGGAGCAACUGCAGUCCCGCAACGCACCCAGACAUUCGUACAAUAUGUGUGAGCCCCAGGGCGGUAACUGUGGAACCGGCAGCAGUGCUCUGACCGAUAAUGACAAGUUGUCACGAAAAUUAGGAACACUUUCCUCUCAAAUACACAUGGUGAUUGACAACGUGAUGUGCAUCAUUCCCAAAGAAAAACGUUCCCUACAUUUCCAUCCCAAUCCUACGAUCACUUACAUAGAUAACAGUAUCUGAAUACAGACAAUAAUAUCACUUCGCACGUUUCGUUUGACAUCAACAACUGAUGGGUUUUGACCUAGUGUGCAAUGCAUGAAAUGACACACUUUCAUCCGUAUCAUGUUCGGGUAAAUCUUUCCCAUCGUACAAUUAUCAAAAUAGCUGUGUUAUUUCAAAAUAAAAACAAAUGAUAUGCUGUCUAUGAGUGCCGUAAAUUUGGACUGAUUUUGCUGGUGAUGAAAAAAUACGCAAUGAGGUUGUUAGCUACCGACCGUCACGCAAGAAUGAGAUGGCGGUGGGUCUUCAGCAUCGGUUUGCUGUUUUGCUGCAGUGCUGCUGCGUCGAGGGUUACGGAAGAGGAGACCGUGGUGGUGACGGAUACACAGGCCGUCCAGGGAGGAGUGGCCAAGCUUCCGUGCGAUAUCGUCCCACCCAUCGCCAACGAUACGGUCCACCUCGUCAUCUGGUACAAAGAUGGGCUCAACUCGCCCAUUUACAGCUUCGACGCGCGCGGGAAGAAGAGCCUGGAGCAGGGCAAGCACUGGACGGACGCGCAGGCGCUGGGUGGCCGCGCCAAGUUCCAGCCGCGCGAUUCGCCUGCCAAGCUGGCCGUGGAGAACGUACGGGACGCGGACGCCGGGGUCUACCGCUGCCGCGUCGACUUCCGCAAGUCCCCCACCCGCAACUCCAAGGUCAACCUCGACAUCAUCAUACCACCUGAGAAGCUUGUUAUCAUGGAAGAGAGAGGUUCUAACAUCCCUCACUACAUCCUAGGGCCGUACAACGAGGGGUCCAGCGUGAACAUCACGUGUAUUGCCACCGGAGGUCGCCCUCCGCCGCGGGUGACGUGGUGGCAGGACAACGCGCUGCUGGACGACCAAUGGGAGGCGCUGCCAGGCCGGCGCGUGCGCAACACCCUGCAUCUGCGCAAGCUGGCGCGCCACCAGCUGCAUGCCGUGCUCACGUGCCAGGCAGCCUCCAGCCCGCUGGCAGCGCCCUUGUCUGGAGCCGUCACUCUGGACCUUAACCUGCGUCCGCUGUGGGUGCAGCUGACGAGCCAGAGGCGGCCGCUGUCGGCGGACAACACGUACGAGAUCAGCUGUGAGGUGGUGGGCACGAGGCCGCCGCCCGUCGUCACCUGGUGGAAGGGAGGCGUGCCGCUGCGGAACACCCGCGAGAUGACUAGCCCCGACGGUAACACGACGACCAGCACGUUGACGUUCGUGCCGUCCAUGGAGGACAGCGGGAAGCUGCUGACGUGCCGCGCCAGCACGCCUCUCAUCCCGGACAGCACUCUGGAGGACUCCUGGAAGCUCGACAUCUACCAUGUUCCCAUCGUGACUCUAGAGCUGGGAAGCAACUUGAACGCCACCAACAUCAAGGAGGGAUCGGAUGUUUAUUUCGAGUGCAACAUCAAGUCUAACCCAUGGGUCUACCGAAUAAGUUGGCGACAUAACGGCCAGCCGCUUUACAAUAACGCGACGGCGGGCACAAUAGUGAGCAACCAGAGCCUGGUGCUUCAGGCCGUCACGAGGGAGCGAGACGGCUUCUACACGUGUGUCGGCAGCAACCAGGAGGGCGACGGCGAGAGCAACCCCGUCCACCUGGACGUCAAGUUUCGGCCGGUGUGCGCCUCCGGCCAGACGCAGAUGUACGGCGUGGCGCGCCAGGAGACGGCGCGCGUGUCCUGCGAGGUGGAGUCGAACCCCGGCGACGGGCUGAGCUUCAGCUGGCGCUUCAACAACUCGGCCGACUCGACCGACAUCGCGGCGGCGUUGGUGGUGGUGGACCGCUCGCGCAGCGUCGCCCUCUACACGCCGCACACCGAGUUCGACUACGGCACCCUGCUCUGCUGGGCCAAGAACGACGUCGGCGAACAGAAGGCGCCCUGCGUCUUCACCCUCUUCCCGGCCGGUCGUCCCGACCCGCCGCACAACUGCAGCAUCGUGAACCAGACGGCGGACUCGCUGCACGUCGAGUGCUCGGAGGGCUUCGACGGCGGGCUGCCGCAGGAGUUCGUGAUGGAGGUGUACGACGCGGCGUCGCAGGCGCUCGUCGGCAACGUGAGCUCUCGCGCGCCCGCCUUCACCGUCAGCGGCCUGCAGCCGGGGCUCGGCUUCGACGUGGCGCUGCUCGCCGCCAACAGCAAGGGCCGCAGCCGCGCCGUCACCCUGCACGCCUACACGCUGCAGCCCGCAGAGCGGCGAGCAGCGGCAACGACGCACGUUCUGGAGAUCACACCCAUCCUCGGGAUCUUGAUUGGAGUCGUUUCGGCGUUGGUGCUAGUCGCAGUCGUCAUAGUCAUCGUGAUGCGGGUUCGUGGACGCAGCGGCGCGGAAGGCGAGAAGUCGCAGAGCGUGACGAGUGGCGGCGACAACGACGACGACGACGAGGACUUCGGACUGAAGAGCCGCAACGGCGAGAUUAAAGCCGUGAAAGCGACCAGCGGCACUGCGGUCGCGCGCGACGGAGGCGUCGGGAACGGCGACGGCGGCGUCGUCAGCGGAGGCGGCACGCAGAAGGACGCUGAGGGCAGCGCCGAGGGCAAGGACGAGAGGGACCCCGACAUCAUUCCACAGAGCAGCGAUAAAGAGUCGAACGAAGAUCCGAACAAAGCACUGGGAAACAUGAGGGAAAUUCAGAGGCAGAUAUAUGACAAUAAGAUACCUAACAGGAUGUACUCGCCGCAGUUUCGAAAUCUAGCUAAUCUACCUGCUAACCGUGUCGUGGGGGAGGUGACGUAUGCGGAGCUGGCACUGUGCGGGGCCGGCGCGACGCUGCCGCGGCCGGUGGAGCGCAUGGCGCGGCCGGAGCCUACGGUGUACGCCCAGCUGGACGUGGUGCGCCAGCAGCUGCUGCAGCAGCACCAACAGCACCAGCAACACCCACAGCACCAGCAGCUGCAGCAGCACCAGGCGCUGGCCCAGGCCCGCAGGAGCCCCGCCGUCCAGCUGCGAGACCUCUGCCUGCAGCAGCCGCCCACGCCUUCCCUCUUCCUGCACCCCGCCUCACCCCUCCGUCAGGACGACGAGCAGUUCGUCAGCGCAGCGACGCCGCUCAUCGCUCAGCAGCACGCGCACCCGGACAGCAAGGUAAACAGCGUCUGCUCCCGUCAUCAGUAAUGCUGCAGUCCGUAUCUGACAAAGCAAGAGGGAGCGCCAUCAAGACUCCACGCGUCACAGCAACGAGAUUUUGACGUGAGCAUCCAGAAACGCUGCCUGUGGACUGCGCCGCAGAGGAUAUACCUGCUGCAAAGACUUUCGUCCGAAGUUACGGCUGAAGACUGACAAAGUCCUCUUGUGAAUACUGCAGUUCGAGUGGGCACUCUUACGGCUGUGCUGUCAGUGUGGAGAGAACGAGGCUAUUGUGGUGUAGCGACUACACAGUGACUGUGCGAAAGCGACAAUGCACACGGUUCGCAAAUGUUCUUGUGUAAAUUAUCAGUAUUAAUUAUUUGCGAAUAAAUGAGUGUUUUGCGUGUAUUGGAGAACGUGACGAACAUUUCUUGCAACUUUAUGAAGGAAACGGCACGGUUUUCAUUAAUUUGGUCUCUAUACAACACAUAACUUGUGUCAUAUUUAAGAUUCUACAGAUAGGUGUACGCAAAGUGCCCGCAUUUGAAUCGGACGACGGCUUGGUUGCGAACUUCAUCGGGAGAGUGGAAUUUCUGAAGCUAACUUUAGAGAGAAUAAUUAAGCAAACAAUGUGCCUAGCAGUAAAUUUCAAGACUCCAAAGUGCAAACUACAGUCGUUGUGAAAGAAAUAUAUGUCUACGUGCAAGCGGAAAGUACUACUUGUGGUUAAUAGUUCGUGACAAUAAUGAGCAGAGCAUCAAGAGAGACUGUAAUGUUCUGAUACGAUGAAUCAGGGAAAACACAGCACUGUCCAAAAUCAUCAAAGACAACUGGCUUAUUAUAAAUAUCGCCAACUUGCAAGUGUUCGCUCGGUGGUGAAUCGUUUCGUGACAGUGGGAAAUAUGCACACUUACGUGACAGAAUACUACUGUGCCUGUGAAAUUUUAUCCAAAACUGCAGUACGAAAGUGUAAGUAUAGAGCUUAUCUUAAAAGUAAAACAAGACGUCAAGAAGUCCUCAAGAGUUCCAGGAAACUAGUUGUUCCUUGCAGAUUCAGUUACCGCUCGGUUAAAAUAGAAUAACUGCUGUUAAUUUGAACGUGCCUUUUGUACAUGCGUAUUUCAUAAUCCGAAUCCUCAAGUAACAGUAAAUGUCAGAGCAUUAGUACUACUAAAAAGUUUUGUAUGAAUUUUGAAAGGAAUUGCCAGAGCAUAGUCGGUAGAAUAUCCGGUCUUUUGAAACAAAAUUUGGCACAGGGUUUAAACGAAAGAAAGUAAGCGACUUUACUAAAUAUUGACACAUUAGUAAUGUGUCAGAAAUUUUCCAAAAUUAGCAGUUUGUAAGCAGCAACCACGCAACAUCUGGUCAAUACAAUUCCGUCCUGCGUAAAAUUAAAUUUAAUUAACGUGAUCUGACUUGGUCGGUCCAGCAAAAGGAACGUUCUGGUGCAAGCAUUCAUUAUGUUCAGGUGUUUUGUAUAACAUUCCACAACCUGUAAAACUUUUCUAUUAGUGUGCGGCUAGCAUAUAACUGUUUCCAAUGGUACUGUACAUUUACUCGGCGAGAAACUACGGACUGCUAAUUUUCAUCGACAAAGAUUUUUGUUUCAAAUAAAAUUUUAAUUACCUUAUGACCAGAGAAAUAAAGAAAAGCGGUAUUUACAUGACGAUAAUGUUUUGUCACAUGUUAAAGUAAAUAGAUUUCGAACGUGACGCAAAACUUAAUUAAGAGGAUGAAUUUUUGGGUCGUUAAUGGAAAUCUCCAGUCCUGUAGCUGUGCUUCAUAUUGUUCAUUGAUACUAAAUAUAACCCGACGUAAUUGAAACUCUACAAAAAUUGUGUAUGAUAUACUAGUUUUAUACAAAUAUUUUGUCAGUUAUUGUGAAUAAACAUCUUUGACAUUU